AUGUCUGCUACUCAACCAGCAAAACUAAACGGACGAGAACAUGCAGUCCAGCUUGAUGCCAAAGAUCCUCUGAAAAGCUUUAGGGGAGAGUUUUUAAUUCCAACCAAAUUCGAAUCUGCUUCAAACAGUGACGAUGGCAACAGACCUUGCAUUUAUUUUUGCGGGAAUUCGUUAGGACCUCAGCCCAAACGGACUUCCAAACGCAUAGCCUCCCACCUCUCGGCGUGGGCAACGAAAGGGGUGCUCGGUCACUUCACAGAACAUGAAGACUCUGACCUCCCCCCCUUCCUACAUAUCGACGAUGCAGCUGCAAAGCUUAUGGCUCCUCUUGUGGGUGCGAAUACCAGCGAAGUCGCUGUCAUGGAGACGCUGACGGCCAAUCUACACCUUCUGAUGGCAAGCUUUUACCGGCCAAAUCAAGAGAAAUACAAAAUCAUCAUUGAAGGAAAAGCAUUCCCGAGUGAUCAUUAUGCUGUGGAGUCCCAAAUCCGGCAUCACAACUUUGACCCAAAGCAAGCCAUGGUACUCAUUGAACCGGAAGAUCCUACAGCGGCAACUAUAUCCACCACCCAUGUUCUUUCCGUCAUCGACAAGCAUGCUUCCACCACAGCUCUAAUUCUUCUACCUGGCAUUCAAUACUAUACUGGCCAGUACCUCGACAUCAAGGCAAUCACUGCCCACGCCCACAAACACGGUAUAAUCAUAGGUUGGGAUCUUGCUCAUGCAGUGGGAAAUGUAGAUUUGCGGCUGACAGAGUGGGAUGUUGAUUUCGCAGCUUGGUGCAACUACAAAUACGUCAAUUCAGGUCCUGGGGCUAUUGGUGGACUAUUUGUAAAUUCUAGACAUGGACAGGUAGAUGUCUCUGCAACGAAAAACGGCGCGGAUGGCUUUCGAGACAGAUUGUGCGGAUGGUGGGGGGGAGACAAGGCAAUGCGAUUUGCCAUGGGUAACGAUUUCAUUCCGAUUCCUGGCGCCGCUGGGUGGCAGGUCGGUAAUCCCUCGGCUCUUGCUCUCACAGCUGUAAUUGCUUCGCUUGAAAUAUUCGCCCUUACCGACAUGGCCACCAUCCGGGCUAAAUCGAAGGCCAUGACUGCGUACCUCGAAGACCUCUUACUACACCCGCCUUCGGCCAACAGCCACUACAAGAAACACUUGCCUUACCAAAUCAUUACGCCCUCGAAUCAAGAAGAGCGAGGCGCUCAACUAAGCGUCCGUCUAGAGCCAGGGCUACUUGAGGGUGUCAUGAGGUUUCUAGAGGAUGCUGGCGUCAUCGUGGACGAACGUAGGCCGGAUGUGAUCCGCGUUGCCCCAGCGCCGCUCUUCAACACCUUCAAUGAAGUAUGGGACUUUGUCACCAUCUUCACAUCGGCUUGUUCAGAGGCACAAGCGGGUACGGUCCAUGGCAGUCAAGAAGCUGCAGCUUUAAAAGGGCGAGACCAGACGGGUUGGGCCGAAAUCAAAUAG